AUGGUGGCCGAGCAGAAGGACGCCGCAGCCUUUAAGUUGGUGCGGUUCAUGAAGACACGGCUGCAGAGCGGCUUGCCGGGCCAGGCUGCCACGACUCACACACCGCCACCCCCUUUGCCGGCGAAUCUGGACGAGGCAGGGGUGACCACCAGCGAGACAAUCCUCGCGUUGCCUCGGGGCGAUCAUACGCGGCCUUCCCCGUUGCUGGACCGCUUGACGCAUGUCUAUCAGGGGGAUGGCUUGCUGCCUCGCAUCAGGCAGUGCAGAGGCCCGCCAGGCACCAAGAAGCAGAAGUAUGUCAAGACGGUGAAGGCCAGGUGGAUGCAAAUCAAAGAUUGA